AUGGCAUUUUUAGAGUGGCGUCGUUUCACGUUCUUUGACAUUCACAAAAACGUCGACAAUGGCAAAAUCGCCGAAGCGUUGCAAGAUACACAUGUAACCGUAGCUACAAGUGGCAAUAAUCAUGUAGUCCUUUGCGACGUGACUGGCUGGGUGCACCUCAUCUCUCGCUCAUGGGAGAUCACUACGUUCAAAGCAUAUGAGCUGACGGUCUCAUUGGCUCAGCAGCUGCCUCAUGACCCAUAUCUUGUUACUAUUGGGGAUGAAGAAGCAGGCGUGAAUCCUCUGAUAAAAGUGUGGGAUUGGUCUCGCAGUGACCGGCAUGGGAACCCGAUCUGCGUGCGAGUCUCCCGCGCAGUUCCUUCGCACAUGCGCUCUACGCCCACCACUGCGCUGGCUGUACACGAUAACAAAAAUCUUCUUGCCGUGGGUUUUCAAGAUGGGUCGGUGUCGCUGUUCCGUGGCGACAUCUCGCGGCAGCGCAGCGGCAAAAUGAAAACGUUAUCAGACUCGGGCACUAGUCCCAUUACCGGACUGGCUUUCAAAGGCGCAGACAAACUGUUCGUGGUGUCUCGCUCGUGCAUAAUGGUGUACUGGCUGGGCGCGGACCGGUGCGUCACCCUGGACGCUAUGGGCGCCGCACCCGGCUGCAGCGUGUUAGCCGACAAGCACCGCCUCACCGUGGCUAACAACGACGCAAUAUACUGUUACACUACCGAAGGUCGCGGUCCAUGUUACGCCCUAGAAGGCGAGAAAGUCCGUCUUAACUGGUUUCGAAGCUACCUGGUGAUCACCACCAACGAGUCGCCCCCCAAAGCUUCCACCAGCUCAGCUCCAGCUCCGAAAUCGCACCACAUCACCAUAUUAGAUAUUCAAAACAAAUUCAUUGUAUUUUCCAAAACAUUCGAUGAAAUAGACGCUGUACUAACAGAGUGGGGGUCCUUUCACAUAUUGACAAAGAAAAAGGAAAUGAUAUACCUAGACGAAAAAGAUCUGCAAUCGAAGUUGUCGCUAUUAUUCAAAAUUCUGUGCACGGACUACAAACCCCGUGGCAGUCUGCUGGUGGACGAGGCGUCCCUGUCGGGCGCUGUCACUACGCGCGAGCCUGAGCAUGCUUUGCCCGACGACUACGUCCACAUGUUCCUCAACAACUCGGAACGUCUCAUCGAAUUCUUAGAACACAUGAUCAACAGCGAUAACAGAUGCUCGAAGCUCAUCUAUAAUGCUCUCAUCGAGCAUUAUAUUCAUGUGUGGGCGAAGUCCGAUGACAGCGUAAAGGCUGAGUAUGAGCAGAGGGUUCUGAAGAUCCUCCGCGAUCCCGAAGCCAACUACGACAAGGACCAGACACUCGUCAUCUGCCAGAUGCUGGGCUUCCACGCUGGCAUUCUUUAUCUGUAUGAGGAGAAUAAGCUAUGGCGCGCACAAGUCGCCCUUUACAUGCGCCACGACGAUGCGGAGAGCGCCUUGGCCGUGUGCAGGCGCAGGGGCCAGGCGUGUCCGCGGCUGUGGCUCGACGUGCUGUGGUGGCCGCCGCCGGCGAGGUGUCUGCCUGAACUGCUCAAUGUAAUCGCCAACGAGAAGCUACUCUCUCCUAUUCUAGUCAUUGAUUGCCUGGCUAGCACGCCAACAUACACUCUUGGAGAUGUACGCAAAUACCUAAUGAAUGUACUUAAGUCGGAGAACGAUAUAAUAACUCGCGAACAAGAGCUCGCGACCAAAUACAAAAGUGAGAGUGAGAAGAUGAAAACCCAAAUACAGAUGUUGCAGAACGAACCUGUCACCUUUCAGAGUUCUAGAUGCGCAGCGUGCAAUAGGCCGUUGGAACUACCCAGUGUACACUUUUUGUGCCAGCAUUCUUUUCAUCAACACUGCUUCCAGAGCUACAGCGAAUCAGACGCAGAGUGUCCUGCCUGUGUGGGUGCACGUCGCAGCAGCAAGCCGCCGCCUCACGCGGCGGAAAUGCUACACGCGAGGUUGCACCAGGAGCAUGACCCGUACGCAGUGGUAUCAGAGUACUUCGGGCGCGGUCUUUUUAACAAACUGACGGUGGUGACAAGCGAGGCUGUAUCGGAACCCCCCUUACCCGCGCAGGCCCCUACCCCCGCGCCUACGCCUGCUGCAGCGCCGCCCGCGCAGACCUACGGGCCAGGCGCGGAGGCCAAGCUCAGACUGCAGGAAGGACAGAGUAAACAAGUAUAUUUAACAAAUACAACAAAACAAGCCAUUGCAAAAGGCACACCCAUCACUCCAGUCCCGGAAGGCAGAAUGCGAUUGCUCGAGCAGCAGCAACGAUACAGCUCCAGCUUAGAGGCUAAUUUGAACAAACUAGAACCCAGAGUCCACACCAUCGCAAAACAAUCACCUUUAGCUUCACCAAUGCCAUCUAGAGAUAUCGAAGAAUCAACGAGUAGUGGUGCAUCACCGAAAAUAUCCUCAGCUAUAUCGAACUCAAAAAAUCCCUUCGAAGAAGAAACUUACGAUGAAUCGAAAAAUCCCUUCGCGGACGAUGAGGGUAGCAACCCUACAAAUCCGUUCGGCGACGACGCUGAUUAUGAUAAAAACCUGAACCCGUUCUCUUGAGUAUUUCAAUGUUUUGUAUUUUAUAUUUCAAUGAUAGAAAAUAAGCUAUUGUGUGCAGGUAACUGCGUGGUUCAACCGUCUUGACGUUGUUACAUUCUUUUGAACUCUGAAAUGGUGACUUUUGUUGCUUUUGACACAAGAUAACAUUGUCAAUACAAGAAAAUAGUUUUAUAUAUAAUUUGGAACUUGUUUCUAUAAAAGUUACAAUUUUUUUUUUUGUAUUUGUGUGUUGUCUGUUGCUAUAAAUUACCCUCUCAGCGAAGUGUAUCGAAAUUAACCGGGCAAACAUUGGCGGAGUCCUCGAUUGUAUCGAUGGAGCUAUAACACUAUAAAGAAGAAGUUUACAAUUAUAAACUUACGCCAUGGUCUUAAACCUAACUAGCAAAGCCUUAUUGUACGAUCUGUCCAUACAAAUUUAGCCAGGACAGUCGUCUGCUCGCGUCAAAGGUUUAGUCAGGACUGCUCGCGUCAUUCCUUUUUUCAAAAGAAAGUUAAAAUUUCGAAUUUUUAGGUAAAAACACCUGGACCCGUACAGCACCGCACAAAGCAAGUUUUCUAAUCAGAAACAUCAAAUUCGUAUCAUUGUAUCGCAGCCUUUGGUGUAAUAGGCCACAUCUGCAAAAUAAAGGUUCAAAGAUUCUAAAAACGAAAAUUUUGUCGAUAACUUUUUAAUACUAAAUGGGAGACGUACAUAAUAUGUGAAAAUUCAGAGCUUCAAAUCGCAAAGGUCAGGGGGCCACUGACACUGUGCCAGUCACCCUGACAAAUCCCAUGUGCAUGUAAUUUCGCCACCAUCCAUACCCUUCCAAAGCAGAAAUUGGCAAGGUGGCAGUAUUUCCCUGGACGAACUCUAACAAGGAGCUCUACUCCUGCUAAAAUUUGUUUCUUAUAUUCGUAUUAUAUUUAGGACUUUCUUGUAAUAAAAACUAUUUUUGACUAAUGAUUACUUGGUUUUACUAUACCGAUAUGUUGCGGUAAUGUAAAGAACUAAAUUCAUCAUAAAUCAACCCACGCCGCCAUUUCAGUGUCCAAAAGAUAUUACUAUUGGUUGGACAAAGAGUACCAAAGACAGCAUACCACCUAUCAGAUACCUUAAUCAUCUAAUUGGAAAUUCAAUAACAGUAUGAAUAUUGAAUAUCAUGAUAUUUUUACUAACAUGAUUAAGUUUAUAGAAUGUCACGAUGUUUAACCACCAUGAUAUUGCAGCUUGUCAAUGUAAAACGUCUUAGUUACGAAAAUAUCUGUUUGGUACUCGUCGCGACAUCUAGUUCACCAAUGGGUACUAAAUACUCGACUACAUUGUCUUGUAUCGCGAUUGGUGAUGAAAUUUUGGGCAAAAAAUCACUUUUGACGGAGACCUCAUCUUAACUUGCCAGUGAUCUUACAAAUUAGUGAAUUUAAUACAAAUUUUUGCUGAAACAUGCACUCUGGUCUUUGCCAAGAUCUAUUAAAACGAUCAGCUUCAUGUAAGAAACGCUCUUAAUAUCACUGUUUUUUUACGAGAUCGUAUGCCUUAGCAUAUAAAAUUUACUUUGUUAGAGGCUUGUUUUUUUAUUAUACGUUAUUACUAUAUAUGUAUAAGAGAUACGCCAUAGUGCAGUCGAUUCUCUCUGUAUAUUUGUAAUUAAUUUGAUAUAUGGAAAAUUGUCACUUGUUCUAAGGAAUUAUAGAAAUCUAAUUUAAGAAACAAAACUCUCUGCAAAUAUUCUAAGACUCAAUUUACACUACUGCGAAACUGAACAGAAGUGAAUUUUUCGAACGAAAGUCUUUUUAGUCAAUAAACAGAUCUUCUGGAGAAUUCUCGCGCAGUUCCAGGAAUUCCCACAACUACUAUCAAUCAAACUAGAAUGAACCAUGUGACACUUCAUUUCACAUAUAUAUUUAAUUUUUGAAGCAAAGAUUCUCUCAUACACUUUUAUUUUUCUAAUGUAUUCUGAACGAUGUUAUUAGUAACAUGAAUGAUAUUAGUAAUAUUGUCCUGCGAGGUUGUUAAAAUUUCAGAACUGUACAGAGCAAAAUCGACCUUCUCAUUGAACUAAAAAUCAUGUAAAUCGCUUCACAUUCCUCCCAUAUAAAUGAUCUACGUUA